GCGGAUAUAGUGAAUGCAGGGUCCGGGGAGAGCGGAUAUAGUGAAUGCAGGGUCCGGGGAGAGCAGAUAUAGUGAAUGCGGGGUCCGGAGACAGCAGAUAUAGUGAAUGCAGGGUCCGGGGAGAGGGAAUAUAGUGAAUGCAGGGUCCGGGGAGAGCAGAUAUAGUGAAUGCAGGGUCCGGGGAGACCAGAUAUAGUGAAUGCAGGGGUCCGGGGAGAGCGGAUAUAGUGAAUGCAGGGUCCGGGGAGACCAGAUAUAGUGAAUGCAGGGUCCGGGGAGACCAGAUAUAGUGAAUGCAGGGUCCGGGGAGACCAGAUAUAGUGAAUGCAGGGUCCGGGGAGACCAGAUAUAGUGAAUACAGGGUCCGG